CUGGCGGGGUGAUUCUCCGAGGAAGACUGGGGACCCACAGCGGGGACCUGGAGCUGAGUUGCUCACUGAGCUCGCGGCGGAGACCCCGGGGGCGCGGCGGGAAGGCUGAUCCUGGGGUGCAAUCGCUGCUGCGCCCAGUCCGGCCAGAGCCGGCGACCAGGGCACGUCCUGCCGGGGCUCCUGUGGCCACCCGGCCUCACAGGUGCGAGACCGCGCAGUGGGGAUUCGCGGGGACACCUGCGUGGGUGCCUCCUUGUCGCUUUCUCCCACCCCACUGCUAGACCUCCUCUUUGGAGACCUCGGUGUUUUCUGAGGGUUGUCUGAGUUCUCCCUUUUCUCUUCCCCUCCUGGGCUGUUUGCUUCUACUUCUCGGCAGGUUUCCCCGCGUGUUUGUGCGUGUGUGCGUGUGACGCUGUUUAUUUUUGUCGCCUGUUCCGUGUUCGCUGAGGUCUGACUUGGGAAGGGGUCACACACGAGCCGUGCGUUUCCCUGUGACCCUCGUCCCGCCGUUCUUUACCUCCUCGGUUCACCUGGAGAACUCGGGAGAUCCUGGCUUGCCUGGCUUUUUUGCCUGUGCCGGUGAGGAGCCUUGGGACACCUGUCCGGGCGAUGCCGCCACGAGCCCGGAGGUCUCCCGUGUCCUGGAGAAGAGGGCGCAGGGGGAGCAGGGGUGCCCACGCCACGAGUGCGUGUGUGUGCAUAUGUGUGCGCGCGCGUGUGUGCGCGCGUGCGAGGUGAUCUGACUAUUGCGGCGACUUCACCCGUCCACACUGGCGCAUCGGGCCGAGGCGCGCACUGAGCCCCUGACAGCGCCGCGGUGGCCCCGGCGGGCACCGAGCGCCCGCAGCAGCCGUCCUGCCUUCUGAACGCGGUUGUGUUACUUCGCAGAUGAAGCCGGUGGCCAUGGAAAGCAUGCCUCAGACUCCUCCCUUUUCAGCAAUGUUUGACAGCAGUGGUUACAACCGGAACCUCUAUCAGUCUGCAGAGGACAGCUGUGGAGGAUUGUAUUACCAUGACAACAACCUCCUCUCCGGCUCUCUGGAAGCGCUUAUACAGCACUUGGUACCUAACGUGGAUUACUACCCAGAUAGAACAUACAUAUUUACCUUCCUGCUCAGUUCGCGGUUAUUUAUGCACCCCUAUGAACUAAUGGGCAAAGUUUGCCACUUAUGUGUGGAGCAUCAGAGGCUAAGUGAUCCUGAUGGUGAUAAGAACCAGAUGAGAAAAAUUGCACCUAAAAUUCUUCAACUCUUGACAGAAUGGACGGAAACAUUUCCUUAUGACUUUCGAGAUGAAAGAAUGAUGAGAAACUUGAAAGAUCUGGCUCACAGAAUAACCAGUGGUGAGGAGCAGACGUACCGGAAGAAUGUCCAGCAGAUGAUGCAGUGUCUCAUCCGCAAACUUGCUGCUCUCAGCCAGUAUGAGGAAGUCUUGGCAAAGAUCAGCUCCACAUCCACAGAUCGGCUCAUGGUCCUCAAGACCAAGCCGCAGUCCAUCCAGAGGGAUAUCAUCACUGUCUGCAGUGAUCCAUACACACUGGCCCAGCAGCUGACUCACGUAGAGCUGGAGCGGCUCAAUUACAUUGGACCUGAAGAGUUUGUUCAGGCAUUUGUGCAGAAGGAUCCUUUGGACAAUGACAAGAAUUGCUUCAGUGAGCGGAAGAAAACACGAAACUUAGAAGCCUAUGUGGAAUGGUUUAAUCGCUUAAGCUACUUGGUGGCUACAGAAAUCUGCAUGCCUGUUAAGAAGAAACACCGAGCACGAAUGAUUGAGUACUUCAUUGACGUGGCUCGGGAGUGUUUUAACAUUGGCAACUUUAAUUCCUUGAUGGCGAUCAUCUCUGGAAUGAAUAUGAGUCCAGUCUCACGGCUAAAGAAGACUUGGGCCAAGGUGAAGACUGCGAAGUUUGACAUUCUUGAGCAUCAAAUGGACCCUUCCAGCAACUUCUAUAAUUAUCGAACAGCUCUUCGUGGGGCAGCUCAAAGGUCUUUAACUGCUCAUAGUAGCAGAGAGAAGAUAGUGAUACCGUUCUUCAGUCUCUUAAUCAAAGACAUUUAUUUCCUCAAUGAGGGCUGUGCCAACCGCCUUCCAAAUGGCCACGUCAAUUUUGAGAAAUUUUGGGAACUGGCCAAACAAGUGAGUGAAUUUAUGACAUGGAAGCAAGUGGAGUGCCCUUUUGAGAGGGACCGGAAGAUCCUGCAGUACCUGCUCACAGUGCCUGUCUUCAGCGAAGAUGCUCUCUAUUUGGCUUCGUAUGAGAGUGAAGGACCUGAGAAUCACAUAGAGAAAGACAGAUGGAAGUCUUUAAGGUCGAGCCUCUUGGGCAGAGUUUAACACAUGGGACCUGCUGCUGCUGCUGCUGCCGCCGCCGCCACUGCUGCAUCACACAGAUCCUGCAAGUGCCGGCUUUUGUCUUCUGGCAUCUAGAACUACAAACAACCAGGAGGACUCUGUAGGCCUCAGAGAAAGCUCACUCCAGUGUAAUGGGAAGCCCAUUUCCCACAACUGACAGACUGACUGAUUUUUUUUUUGUGUGGGACUGAAAUGUUCACUGAAGACACUUGAGAAAGAAUCCUCUAAAGAUCCCGGCGCAAUGCCUGAUUCAUCUCCUGGAAUUUCCACGUGAAUCACAGCUCAGCACCGGAUGGAGUUUUCUUUUGUGUGUGUGUUUUUAUUUGGUUGAACUUUUGCUGCUAAUGGGACUUUACCCAGCUGAGUGCUGGCUCUUGGGAAGCCCAUGUUCCUUUGUUAAUUUAAAUGAAAAAGGGAGAGGAGGGAGGGGAAAAAACCCCUAAGUUUAGAUCCCAGACCCCCCACUCGCAGCUUUGCUGGAGCGGGGAACACUGACUGGCUGAGGACUUGACUUUCCUUUAGUGUGUACUGUGUUGUAAAUUCCUCUCCUCCCUCUUCCUAUGAGGUUUUGAGUUGGCUGCUGGUUAGCAAACUCCUUUUUACCCAUAUAAGUUAUUUAAUAUAAAAAUGAAGCUCAACACUGUGGUAGGAAAAUAGCCACUAAGGGAAAAAAGAAAAGCAGAGCUUGUGGUUGUCGGACUGCUCACCUCCCUAGAAGGAAUUUUUGUUUCCUUUGCCCUUCUGAGCUGUUUACAACUGACCACUGUGUUCUGCAGAUGUAUUUUUCAGUACUUUUGUUACUAUGUUUUCCAUAACACCUGAUUUUUUUCUUGUAAAUUUAAGUGAUCUGACUUUGAGGGUCCUGGAAAAACCCAUGGCAUAAUCACAAUUCUUUUAAAAACAGACUGUUAAUUUUCAUACCUUUUGGAGUCUGUUGGUGACUAUGUAAACCAAGAAGAAAUUGGAAAAGUUGCCUCCUCCCCCAUAGCAGUGAACAAAACCCUGAAAAAAAAACACAUUGCUAUUGAUCAGUGAUUGAUUUUAAUUGUGAAAUAGUUCACCCAUGUUAAACAUCUAAAUAGGUCUGUAGUGCUCUGCAAACAGCCGUCGUGUAUAUUUACUCUAGGAGAAACUGUAGAGUAGUAAUCUGUGCUGACGAAAAAGCAAAACACCGUGUUCCAAACAGAUGUACUUGUGAACUUCAUGACACGGUUUCGAGAAACAGAGCAUGUAUGUGUGCUGCGCGUCACCCCAGCAGGCCUAAACUGGCUCCAGUUGUCCCUUUACCACAUCAAUAUAUUUUACACUCUGCGGCCAA